AAAUGAACUGGAAAUUGGAUUGCCAUUUAGAAUAUCGUGAGGAGAGCUUUGAAAUCGUGAGAAGUUGGAAGUUGACAUAUAUUGGAGGAAGCUAUGGCUAAAAUGGUUUAAAUCUGGAUUAGGGAAAAAGUUUUCAGAGGAGUUUUAAAUUCUAAUUAAUAGUUCCUGUCAACUUAGUGCAAUAGUUGAAAAUCAAAACCGGAAUAAAGUUGGAAGAGUUACCAGAGAAUAUCUAAAAUUCAAGGUUUUUAAUUUGUUUUUAAGGUUUAUAAAAUUUAUUAUUACAUUUGAGAGAUAGGUAUUAUAAUUCAUAAGGAAAUAAUUGAUAAUUGGAAUGAGUAACAUGAUAAAUUAGAGAGUACUUUUUUAUAACAAAUUUUGUCAAGUUAGAAAAAGGGAAAUACUAAACUAGAAUAAAAUAAGGUUAUUGGACAAUUAACUUUCUUGAUUUCACACUAAUCAAGAAUUCAUCAGAAUUUACAGUUUAAUAUUAAACAAAGUUGAGAUUGUUGUUAUGAAAUAGG